CUGCACCCCAACUACUCUGUCCUUAUCACUGAUUUAAGUCAUUGACAUUGAGAUAGCAUAGGGUCAUUCAAGAAUACCGUGUUAUUCACCUCAAUGAAUAUUCUAAUCUUGUAUGGAGUACUGCGGGACAACUGCACAGUUGGCUCUCCUGCCCCACCAAACAAGACAAUGGCCGCCCAUCUGUAUUCAUCCCCAAGGCCAUCCAAACAGAGAACAAUAUUAAGCAAUCUCAAUUCAAUUUAUCUACACUUAUGAUUUCAUUCAAGUGAACAAAGAAUCAAAGCUAUUAAAUAUACUGCCCGGAGCCCAUGCCCGUCAUCGCUGCCACGGGCAAACAGCGUCGAAAAGUCCGCUUUUCCAAUAACCGUCCAGUCACCAGUAUUAACGCCAACAACCUGCAAGCCACAAGCAACUCUCCUGCACCCACUGCAGUCUCAAACCCUAUCGCUUCCAAGUCAAGUACAAAAACUAUCAUGAGUACGACUGCGGCAGUACGCCCGGGGGUCCCGGCUCUCUUUACUGAGCCUCCAGUGAUCCACGACCCGCUUACGACAGAGACCUCUGAGCUCCAAGAGCAGACGCUCGAGAAAUGUUUGCCCUUUUUGCAAGGUAAUCAAAAAUCGCAGCGGGAGCCCUUUAGUCGGCACGGGGUCCCGGCACUUGGACGGGAUGACCAUAUCGGUUUCCUGUACGAUUCCCUGGAGGAAUAUCCAGACGACUUUGUGGCACUGGAUGCUAGUCGUCCCUGGAUGUGUUAUUGGGCUCUGGCGGGGCUAUCCCUACUUGGUGAGGAUGUCAGUAAAUUUCGCCAACGGGUGAUUGCUACUUUUACACCCAUGCAGAACCCCACCGGGGGCUUCGGCGGGGGGCAUGGCCAGAUGUCUCAUAGUGCCUCGAGUUACGCCGCCGUGCUCACCCUAGCUAUGGUUGGGGGCUCAGAGGCCUAUCGGCUGAUUGAUCGGAGGGGCAUGUGGAGCUGGUUGGGGAGAUUAAAACAGCCAGACGGAGGCUUUAGAAUCUGCGAGAAUGGAGAAGAGGAUGUGAGGGGCGCGUAUUGUGCCAUGGUGGUCAUCUCAUUACUCGAUCUGCCACUUGAGUUGCCCCCGGAUGCGCCAGCUCGCCAGCAUGGUCUAGAAACGUUUACAAGUGGCCUCCCGGAGUAUCUAUCAAGAUGCCAGACAUUCGAGGGAGGGAUGUCCGGAAGUCCUGGUACGGAAGCGCACGGAGCCUAUGCUUUUUGUGCUCUGGCGUGUCUUUGCAUUCUGGACCGGCCUGAAAAGGUUAUCCCCAGGUAUAUGGACGUUCCACUGCUUUUAUCCUGGCUCUCCGCUCGUCAAUACGCCCCCGAAGGGGGUUUUGCGGGGCGAACCAACAAAUUAGUAGAUGGGUGCUACAGUCACUGGGUGGGCGGCUGCUGGCCAUUGGUCCAGUCUGCUCUGGAUGGCAUGCAACCAGCCGCCGCCCCGAACAAAGCCUCUGGCAAUCUUUACUGCCGGGAAGGUUUGACGCGAUACAUCCUCAGUUGUUGUCAAGCUAAGCGAGGACUUCGGGAUAAACCCGGAAAACAUCCCGAUUCGUACCACACCUGCUACACGUUGACAGGCCUGAGCACGACGCAGCAUCGGCAUUACCAUACAGACACGAGCGCCACUUCCAAGGAGCCCUUUGCGUCGGCGUUUUCCUGGAAAUAUACGCCCGUCUCCAGCAACGUCAACGACGAUACAGACGUAAGCGUCUUUGAAGAGACAGACCGAGUGAACCCAGCGCAUCCGCUGUAUGUCAUUCCUCACAAAGCUGCCGAAGACAUGCGACUUUGGUACGAGAAGGAGCCAUUGGAUUUUGCAUAGCAUAGCCGACAUACCUCCCUCACGGAGUACCGUAUAUAGCCUGGAGAGAAAAAAGGAAGAAAAUGGAAUUCUGGCGAAUUGACCUCGAAGCCUUCUCCCCCCUUACUUCAUACGCGCAGGGUAACCACAGUGUGCUUCGUACAGAUCAUGAUGCGUCCGGACCAUGGAGGAUGGCGACAGCUGUCAUGCUCAUGGAUUUUUAUCCCAUUGCUUAUCUCCACAGAACAACUCAUCGCUGCAUACCCCCCCCUUCCCG